AUGCCCUCUUCCGAAGGGCCAGCCUCUGCCCUACAACGAGGCCCUGUGCCCAAAUUCGCCAUCAAGCAUCCCCUGGAGCAACUCAGUGUUGAUGAGGUCAACAUAGCACGCCGGGCGGUCAUCGACGCUCGCAAAGCUUUCGGUAUCCUCUUCCGAAACAUCUACGCUGUCGAGCCAGCCAAAGCCGAUCUAGUCAAGUUUCUUAACGCGGAACACAGCGGUACCCUCUCACCAGACACUCCUCGACCUCCACGUCAGGCUCGUGUCCAGUACGACACAAUAUCUGAUGACCGGAGCCACGAAUUACUCGAGUCCAUUGUUGACAUUGCGUCAGGCAAGGAAGUCGGGCUUCGGAAAGCUCCCAAGACUGCCCAAUCAGCCCUCAUUAAGGAUGAAUUUAUGGAGUUUAACUCUGUGUGCCUCGAAUCCGAGAUAUUCAAGCAAGCUAUCAAGGAAUUCGAUUUGGACGACAAGUACGAGAUUGCUAUUGACCCUUGGCCAUGUGGUGGUCCCAACCCAGACGAUGUCGAGCCGCGCUACACCCAGGGCUUGAUUUUCGCGAAAUUGAAACACGAGAAUCCUGAUACCAAUCACUAUGCCUUUCCUCUACCAAUUAUUCCGGUGAUGGAUACAUGCAAGAAGGAAAUCAUCCGCAUCGAUCGCCUGGCCACUGGUGGUACCGAAGACGGCCUCGUAUACGGCACAGGUCCCAAAGGCAUUCUCGGCCAUUGCGUCCCUGCCGAAUACGUGCCUGAGCUGCUCGAUACUCCCAUGCGAACAGAUGUCAAGCCGUUGAAUGUCUUCCAGCCGAACGGCCCCUCGUUUACCGUCUCCGACGAUUCACUUAUCGAAUGGCAGAAAUGGAGGUUCAGAGUAGGUUUCACACCCCGUGAAUGCGCUGUCCUUCACGAUGUUCAGUACGAUGGACGCAGUGUGUUGUACCGACUCAGUUUGUCCGAGAUGACUGUCCCCUAUGGUGAUCCACGCCCACCCUUCCACCGGAAGCAAGCUUUCGACUUUGGCGAUGUCGGCGCUGGCCGUGCGGCGAAUAACCUCGAGCUUGGUUGUGAUUGCCUUGGUGUCAUCAAGUACCUCGAUGCUGUGCUUGUGGAUUCCGAGGGCAAGCCUUCUGUCUCCAAGAAUGUAGUCUGCAUUCAUGAGCAGGAUAACGGUAUUGGUUGGAAGCACACCAAUUUCCGGACAAACAGAGCCGUGGUUACGCGAUCAAGGGAGUUGGUGGUGCAGUUCAUUAUCACUUUGGCCAACUAUGAAUAUAUCUUCGCUUACAAGUUGGACCAGGCGGGCGGAAUCACGGUUGAGACCCGGGCAACCGGCAUGGUCUCAGUUGUCAAUAUCGAUCCGGGCAAAACCAGCCCGUGGGGCAAUGUCGUAUCGCCAGGAGUUUUGGCUCAAAAUCAUCAACACAUUUUCGCAGUGCGGAUCGAUCCCGCCAUUGAUGGGUAUGAAAACACUGUUAUCACGGAGGAAUCACUCCCAAUUCCAAUGAAUCCUAAAACCAACCCCUGGGGAAAUGGGUAUGAGGUGGUCCGUAAACCAGUAACCAAGUCAACGUCAAUCCAUGCAUCUCCAUUUACGAAUUUGACCGUCAAGAUCGCAAACACCAAUAAGUUAAACCCUAUCUCACGGCGACCUGUCGCUUACAAAUUCACUCCUGCCCCGUCUCAGAUGAUCCUGGCUGAUCCUCAAUCUAUUGUUGCGAAACGAGCAGCAUUUGCGCAGCACCAUGUUUGGGUGACGAAGUAUAGAGAUGAAGAACUUUUUGCUGCAGGAGAGUUCACCAAUCAAUCGAAACAAGAAAUUGGUGGGGUGGCAGACGCUGUUGCUCGCAACGAGGAUGUGGAGAACAACGAUGUUGUCGUGUGGAAUGUUUUUGGUUUGACACAUAAUCCUCGCGUUGAAGACUGGCCAGUCAUGCCUGUUGAAAUCCACCAGCUUCAUCUCCGACCUGCGGAUUUCUUUGACAAGAAUCCUGCUUUGGACGUACCAGGGCAAAAGAACCAUAGUAGCAUCGAGAUUGGCCGAAAUGAGAGUGCAGAGUGCUGUCAUGCUAGUGGCACGAACGGGACUAUCACUGCGAAUGGAUCGAUUCAGGCUAGUCCAAUCUCACAUCUACAGGGGACGGAGACGGUGCCGGUCGAACAAUUGAACGGACAUUAG